GGCCAGUUUUCAGACAGAAGAAAAAAGAGCAGAAACCAUAAAUGAGUGCUGUGCCCAACCAAGGUGCUGAAGAGCAGCCCCAGGCUUUCUGCUACCAGGUGAAUGGGUCUUGCCCCAGAACCAUCCAUCCUCUGGGUAUCCAGUUGGCCAUCUACCUGGCCUGUGCAGCGGGCAUGCUGGUUACGGUUCUAGGGAAUCUCUUUGUGGUAUUUGCUGUGUCUUAUUUCAAAGCACUUCACUCUCCCACCAACUUCUUGCUGCUCUCCCUGGCCCUGGCCGACAUGUUUCUGGGGCUUCUGGUGCUGCCCCUCAGCACCGUUCGCUCGGUGGAGAGCUGCUGGUUCUUCGGGGACUUCCUCUGCCGCCUGCACACCUACCUGGACACCCUCUUCUGCCUCACCUCCAUCUUCCACCUUUGCUUCAUUUCCAUUGACCGCCACUGUGCCAUUUGUGACCCUUUGCUCUAUCCCUCCAAGUUCACAGUCCGGGUGGCUUUCAGGUACAUCCUGGUAGGGUGGGGGGUACCAGCAGCUUACACGGCCGUCUUCCUCUACACGGAUGUGGUGGAAAGGGGGCUCAGUCAGUGGCUGGAGGAGAUGCCAUGUGUAGGUAGUUGCCAGCUACUGUUCAAUAAGUUCUGGGGCUGGUUGAACUUCCCAGUGUUCUUUUUCCCCUGUCUUAUCAUGAUCAGCUUGUACGUGAAGAUCUUUGUGGUUGCUACUAGGCAGGCUCAGCAGAUCAACACCUUGAACAAGAGCCAGGCUGGGGCUGCCAAGCGUGAGAGAAAAGCUGCCAAGACCCUGGGCAUCGCCGUGGGCAUUUACCUGCUGUGUUGGCUACCCUUCACCAUAGACACGCUGGUUGACAGCCUCCUUAACUUCAUCACGCCACCUCUGGUAUUCGACAUUUUUAUCUGGUUUGCUUACUUCAAUUCAGCCUGCAACCCUAUCAUCUAUGUCUUUUCCUACCGGUGGUUCAGGAAGGCCCUGAAACUCAUCCUGAGUCGGGAGAUUUUCUCAGCACGGACACCCACUAUUGAUUUGUACCAAGAAUGACUCUU